UAUUUUUGAAUUCAUUUCUGAAUAUAUAUAUAUAUCGAAGUAGAAGCGGUUCUUCUCUUUCAGAGUAGAUCUGUGUAAUUCUUGGAACUAAGAUGGAUUUUUGAAUUGUUGGAUUCUUAUCAAAUGAGAGCAUGUGCCGUGGAUGGGAGCGGUUAAACCCGAAGCCGACUCCGAUAUCAUCGAAUACCUCUUUUGAAGAUAGCAGACAUCCUAGUGCAGAUAUGAAUCACUUAACUGUAGUGACUGAAGAUACUUCUGCGAGUUUGCUUGAGCUUGCUGCUAAUAAUGAUGUUGACGGCUUUAAACGAUUGAUCGAUCAUGAUCCUUCCGGUGUUGAUGAGGUUGGAUUGUGGUAUGGUCGUCGGAAGGGAUCGAAGCAGAUGGUUAAUGAGGAGAUAACUCCUUUGAUGGUUGCAUCUAUGUACGGUAGCAUCGAAGUUAUUAGGCUGAUCCUUUUGUCUUCGGAUGCUGAUGUUAACCGUGUGUGUGGCAGUGACAAAAGCACUGCCCUUCAUUGUGCUGCUUCCGGUGGGGCUGUUAACGUUAUUGAUGUUGUGAAGCUGCUUUUAGCUGCCGGGGCCGAUGUGAAUAUGGUUGAUGCCAAUGGUCAUUUUCCUGUUGAUGUUAUUGGUUUUCCUCCAAAGCUUCGAGAUGUGAAAUUAACUCUUGAAGAACUACUUGUGACUGAGAAUUCCGGUUUCAAUUUGAAUUCAAGGGUGUCGGCCUUGGCAAAUUCCGACUCCCCUCCUCUAUUGCCUUUGCAGGAAAAUGGCUCAUUGUCAUCUGGUUCAGAUUCCCCAACGAAGUUGAGGCCAAGUGAUGCUCCUGUUUCUUCGGCAACAGGGAAGAAAGAAUACCCGAUUGAUCCGUCUCUUCCAGAUAUCAAGAACAGCAUCUAUUCAACGGAUGAAUUUCGGAUAUAUUCCUUCAAGGUCCCGCCCUGUUCACGUGCCUACUCCCAUGAUUGGACCGAGUGCCCGUUUGUUCACCCUGGGGAGAACGCUCGAAGAAGGGAUCCUCGGAAGUUUCAUUACAGUUGUGUUCCUUGCCCUGAUUUUCGCAAGGGGCAAUGUCGGCGAGGAGAUAUGUGCGAAUAUGCUCAUGGUGUUUUCGAAUGCUGGCUACAUCCUGCUCAGUAUCGAACUCGGUUGUGCAAGGAUGGUACUAGUUGUGCUAGGAGAGUCUGCUUCUUUGCUCAUGCGCCCGAGGAACUCCGACCUCUGUAUGUCUCCACUGGUUCUGGUGUUCCUUCGCCUCGAUCGAGUACUUCCUGCGCUACAGCAAUGGAUUUUGCUGCUGCCAUGAGUCUCCCGCCUGGAUCACCUUCAUCUGUAUCGGUGACGUCUCCGUCACCAUUCAAUCCACCCAUGUCUCCCUCCAUGAACAGCAUGUCUCAUUCAAAUGUUGGUUGCCCACAACCGAAUGUUCCGGCCCUGCAUCUUCCUGGAAGCAACCUUCAAUCUAGUCGGCUGCGAUCUUCUGUUAAUGCAAGAGACAUUCAAGCCGAAGACUUCAACUUGCUGCCUGAUUUUGAUGUGCAGCACCAUCAGCUGAUGAGUUCUAAUUCUUUUAACCUAUCUGGUCGAAUGAAGACCCUGACCCCAUCAAACCUCGAUGAUCUCUUUUCUUCUGAGAGCUCAUCUCCACGGUACUCGGAUCAAUCGAUGGCCGCUGGCGUUUUCUCCCCGACUCUUAAGUCUACUGUUUUCAAUCAAUUUCAGCAACAGCAGAACGUGCUAUCACCUAUAAGUACGAAUUUUUCUCCUAAAAAUAUUGAGCAUCAUCUCUUGCAGGCUUCCCUAUCCGGUAGGAUGUCUCCUCGAAAUGUUGAACCUACCUCACCGAUGAGCUCACGGCUUUCGUUGUUAGCUCAACGGGAGAAGCAGCAACAAUUACGCAGCCUAAGCUCUAGGGAGAUUGGCUCUGGCUCUGCUGCCAUUGUUGGUUCCCCCCCAGUUAAUUCAUGGUCAAAAUGGGGACCUUCCAAUGGUAAUCCGGAUUGGGCUGUCAAUGCUGAAGGGUUAGGCAAGCAUCGCAGGUCAUCCUCGUUUGAGCUCGGUAACGGAGACGAGCCAGACUUAUCAUGGGUUCAAUCCCUUGUAAAAGAAUCACCCACUGAGAUCAAAGAGAAAAUGGAAGCACCGUUCUUGGGUGAGGGUUCUAGCAUGAACUCGGAUCCGGUCGAUAAUGCUGCGUUGGGUGCAUGGGUCGAGCAAAUGCAGCUCGAUCAACUCGUGGCGCAGCAAAACUGAAACCGGUUUCGUCGAGCCCUCCCGAAGGUAGAGACAACAAAAAUGGUUUUGGUAAAUAACAUUGGUAUUUUUUUUGGGAUUCUGGUGGUUAUUGAAUGUUGAAGGAAAGGUAAACUAAGAUAAGAACGUGAAGGCAAAGAGAUUGAGGUGAGAUUUAGAAUGGAAACUUCAAUUUUCCCCAUUCAUUAUCAUUAUUAUUACAACAAAACAGUUAGUACAGGU